AUGACAAAAGUAUUAAUACAAUUUAAAGAACCUUUUGACAAAACUUUUACUUUUAUUGAACCUGAUUGUUUAGAGCUUGGUCGUUCUUUCAUUCCAGAUCCCUCGAUCAGUAAGAAACAAGCUCUAUUUGAAAUUAGAGAUGGCCGAGUUUAUGUUACAGCUCUUGGACCUAAUUCGAUGAUGAGAGGAACAGAAAAAAUAAGUAAAAAUAAUCGAGUAGAAAUUCUUGAUGUUGAAAGAAUUGGAACAAUUAGAUCAACAUUUUAUGGUAAAACAUUUGAUGUAAUAUCAAUUCCUGGUGCGAAAAAUAUUGCAUAUACAAAUUUAAGUUUAGGAUUACACAUGGAUUUAUUAUAUUAUCAAGUUCCACCAGGUCUACAAUUUUUACAUUGUUUAAAAAAUUCAGUAAAAGGUGGAGCAAGUAUAUUUACAGAUUCAUUUAAAGCAAUAGAAAAUUUUAAAAAGAUUUAUCCUCAAGAUUUUGAUAUUUUAACAAAAAUUCCUUUAACUUUUCAUUAUAUCAAUGAUGGUCAUCAUAUGCAUUACAAUCAGUAUGUUAUUGAAUUAGAUAAAGAUUUUGAUAAAGAUGAUAAUUCUAAUAAUCCUAUUAUAUCUGUAAAUUAUUCUCCCCCAUUCCAAGCAUAUCAAAGAUUUUGUGCAUUUAUAGAAGAUCCAGAAUUGAAAUAUGAGUUAACUUUAAAACCUGGAGAUUUGGUUAUUGUAAUUAAUAGACGCAUUUUACAUGGUAGAAAUUCUUUUGAUAUUGAAAGUGGUGAAAGAUAUUUAAAAGGUGCUUAUUUAGAAUUAUGUGAAUUUAAAGAUAAAUUUAGAGUUUUAAUGAAAAAAUAUAAUCCAUAA